AUGGCUGUUGAUAGCCAGUCGAAAAUCCAAAAUGAUUGGUUACAUUCUUCAGUGAGCCAAGGCGCCUUUCUGGAUGACAAAAUCGUGGGCGGUGAGCAGGUUUCAAUUGACACCUUUCCCUAUCAAGUUUCGCUCCAAUACUACGGUAAACAUAUUUGCGGCGGAACGAUUCUUAAUCCUCAACACAUUGUCACAGCUGCUCACUGCACCAAUGGAUUGAGAGCAAGGUACUUCACAGUUCGGGCAGGUUCAUCAGAACACGUCCGCGGCGGCCAAUUAGUGCAAGUUGAUAGAAUCCAUCAACAUCCUUUGUACAAUACCCAACCACUAGAUUAUGACGUUACGGUGUUGAAAUUGAAAAAACCAUUAAUAAUGGGCAACGGAGUAAUGGCUGUGAAUUUGGUACCGGCUGAUACGGCCUUGACGCCUGGAACGGUAGGAUUCAUAUCGGGUUGGGGUUACCAGCAAGAAGGAGGUCAAGUAUCGGAUAGAUUGUACGCAGUUGGAGUACCAAUUAUUGAUAAGGAUUCAUGCAGGAAAAUUUAUGGUAAUACUAAUAAUGUGAUCACGGAGAGGAUGAUUUGCGCCGGGUAUAAUGAAGGAGGGAAGGAUUCGUGCCAGGGCGACUCUGGAGGACCUUUUGUUGCUAAUGGUAAUUUAAUAGGUAUAGUCUCUUGGGGCUACGGCUGCGCCAGAGUUGGCAUUCCAGGUGUUUAUACCAACGUUGCAGAUGAAAACAUUUCGAGGUUUAUCCGUUUAUUGGCUAAUUUUUAA